AUGAAGAAAACCCUCCUUCUAGUCUUCAUCCACGGGUUCAAAGGUGGCGAUGACACCUUCGGCGCCACAGGCGACUUCGCCGAGCACCUGGCGACCCUGCUCUCCGUCGAGCUGCCCAAACUACAGAUCAAGACGCUCGUGUAUCCCAAAUACGACACGCGCGGCGACCUGACGGAGUGCGUCGCGCGGUUCCGCGACUGGCUGCUCGAGAAGGUCAUCGACCUCGAGGUCGCCGCCGGCACGCCGAGCCCCACCAUCGACCCCAGCGUGCGGACAAUACUCGUCGGACACAGCAUGGGUGGUAUCGUGGCGGCAGAGACGGCCAUCGCGCUGGCGGGGGACGAGGUGAUCCCCGCUGCCGCGUCGACGAGUCAGGACGAAGCAGACGGCAAACCGGAGGGGGAUGAAAAAGACAAGCCAGACCAUGGGGAAUAUCAGGUCAACAGUCUCAUGUUCCCAUACAUACAAGGUGUCCUGGCUUUCGACACGCCAUAUCUCGGCAUCGCGCCCGGCGUCGUCGCCCAUGGCGCCGAGGGCCACUAUCAGAACGCUGCGACUGUCGUGUCACAACUCUCCGGCCUCUCGGCCAUCUGGGGCGGCAGCAAGGCGGCGGAGCAGACGACCAUGGGCACAAAGAAGCCCAUAGCUGCGCUCGAAGCCCCGCCGUCGAAUGAGCAACAGAAGAACGCGGGCGCUUGGGGUAACUGGGGUAAGAUGGCUAUGUAUGCUGGCGGAGCAGCAGCAGUGGCGGCUGGAGGUACCGCGGCCUGGAUGAACCGGCAACAGCUAUCGUCGGGCUGGACAUGGGUUGGCAGCCAUCUGGAGUUUGUGGGAUGCUUGGCUCGGGGUGAGGAAAUGAAGAAACGUGUCGCAAAUAUGGUCCGGCUCAACAAGGAGCUGGGUGUCGGUUUCGCCAAUCUGUACACGAGGUUGGGAAAGGCCGCCAACUCGAAGCAGGUCAGCACGGUGGGGCUAGUCAUAGGAAGCCAAAGGACAUUCUGCAAUCUUCCUUCGAGGCUGCAAGCUGGAGAGUGGAAGGAGGCUGUGAAUGAUGCGGCCAAGGACGAGACGGGUGCGCACAUGGCUAUGUUUGAGGCCAACGACAACCCGGGCUACACACAGCUUUCGGAGGAUGCCAAGAACAUGAUUGCAAAGUGGACCAAGAACGACUGGUAUGAGACAAGUAAUAUGGAACUUGGGGAAUGA